CCAUGCUUUACUUUAGAUUUAUAUUUUAAGAUACUUAGUAGUUGUAUUUAGGUAAUGUAGGAUAUAUUUUUUUACUAAUUAAUUUUUGUUUGUUUUGUUUUAACGUUACAUUAUUUUUACAUUAAAUUCUUUGUAAUAAUGAGGGAAAUAGUACAUGUUCAAGUCGGCAGAUGUGGCAACCAAAUUGGAUCAAAGUUCUGGGAAGUAAUAUCCGAUGAGCACGGCAUUGAUCCGAACGGCUGCUACAAAGGAGACUCAGAUCUUCAACUUGAACGAAUCAAUGUCUAUUACAACGAAGGUGUUGGCGGUAAAUAUGUCCCAAGAGCGGUUCUGGUCGACCUUGAACCGGGCACGAUGGAUUCCAUCAGAGGUGGGCCUUUCGGACACAUAUUCCGCCCAGACAACAUUGUUUACGGAAUGACGGGGGCUGGUAACAAUUGGGCUAAAGGGCAUUACACAGAGGGUCAGGAUUUACUUGAAUCUAUUCUGGAUGUUGUCAGAAAAGAAGCCGAAGGCUGUGAUUGUAUGCAGGGCUUCCAAGUCAUUCAUUCAUUAGGUGGAGGUACUGGCUCCGGAUUGGGGACAUUAUUGCUGAACAAUUUACGAGAAGAAUACCCUGACAGAAUUAUACUUACAUUUUCUGUUGUGCCAAGCCCAAAAGUCUCGGAUACUGUAGUAGAACCAUACAAUGCAACUCUUUCUAUCAACCAAUUAAUUGAGAAUUCAGACCAAUCAUUUUGCAUAGACAAUGAAGCAUUAUACGAUAUAUGCUUCAGGACGCUCAGGAUGCAGACUCCUACUUAUGGAGACCUGAACCACUUAGUAUCUGCAACGAUGUCUGGUGUAACCACUUGUUUAAGAUUUCCUGGACAGUUGAAUGCUGAUUUACGUAAACUAGCAGUAAACAUGGUCCCGUUUCCAAGGCUGCACUUCUUUAUGCCGGGUUUUGCUCCGCUGACGUCGCGAGGAAGUCAGCAGUAUCGAGCACUUACGGUUCCAGAGCUCACUCAUCAGAUGUUCGAUGCAAAGAAUAUGAUGGCUGCGUGUGACCCUCGCCGAGGUCGCUACCUCGCCGUGGCCGCCGUUUUCCGUGGAAGAAUGUCAAUGAAAGAAGUCGAUGAACAAAUGCUGAACAUACAAAACAAGAACAAAGACUAUUUCGUGGAAUGGAUACCAAAUAAUGUUAAAACUGCCGUUUGCGACAUACCACCUCGUGGGCUCAAAAUGUCGGCUACAUUCAUAGGUAACACGACGGCAAUACAAGAACUUUUUAAGCGGGUUUCUGAGCAGUUCACGUCGAUGUUUCGAAGGAAAGCCUUUCUUCAUUGGUACACUGGCGAGGGAAUGGAUGAAGGAGAUUUCACUGAAGCUGACAAUAAUCUCAGUGAUUUGAUAUCUGAGUACCAGCAGUAUCAGGAUGCUACUGCAGAUCCAAUGUUAGAUGAGGGCGAGGCACAUGAAGAAGAAGAAGAGUAAAGAAAAUUUCUAAAAUUAAAUAUAUUUAUUUAUUUUAAUAAAUUUAAAGAAUGUUA